AUGAGGUGUAUGCCCACUAAUCUAAGGCGUGAAAAAGGUCGUGGCUCCGGUCGUGAUCAUGGUCGUGGUCGUGAUAGUGAUCGUGGUCGUGGUCGUAGUUAUGAUAAUGGUCAAGGAAGAAAUAAUUUCCCUGGCGUUAAUCAUUCUUCAAAGAAAAAUUACUACCAAAAGGGGAAAAAUAAGGAUGAGGGGCAUGAAGUGCCAGAAGCACGUGACUUAGAAAAUAAAUGCUAUCGUUGUGGUGGAAGUGGACACUGGUCACGUACAUGUCGGACGCCAAAACACUUGGUUGAGCUUUAUCAAGCAUCAAUAAAAAGGAAAGAGAAAAAACCUGAAGCUAAUUUUAUCUCUGAAGAUCAAGUUGAUAUUACUCACUUGGAUGUUGUCGAUUUUUCCGAGCACACUGAAGGAAAAAUAGAUCACUUGAUUGGUGAUGGAUCUAUUGUUAAGAAUGAUUGA